AUGGAUGCCACGGAGCAACUUCAGGUAGCAAUCAAGAAUAACAAGGAUUGGCAAAAUUUCAAUCGGCCUUGGAGGACGCUCAAAGUGCUGGAGGUGCGCAAGGAGCCCCAGGGCUAUGUCAAAGCUGAACUCGUCGUUCAAGAGGAGCAUACAAAUUCGGUGCAGCAGCUGCACGGAGCAAUGAUGUGCUUACUUGUAGAUAUUGCUGGCUUGCUGACGCUGACAGAAGGCAAGGAAACUAAAGUUACACCACCUGUUGCUUCUAUUGAAAUGAACACGUCCUGUAUCCGUGCCGUCAAUAUUGGAGAAACUAUUGUUAUCGAGGGACGGUGUUUGAAGGAUGGAGCUAAUCUGGGCUUUACGAACGUUGAUAUCUAUCGCAAGCACGAUGGCAAGCUGGUAGCUUCCGGUAGACAUACCCUGAUGAAGUUCCGUUUGUGA